AUGUCCGGGGACUACGAGGAGGACGUUUGCCGCAGCGCGCUGCGCCUGGUGCACGAGCUCUGCUUCGCCCCCCGCGCCCGCCCGCCCCACGCCAGGUGCCUCGAGUUCACCGACCUGCUGCGGCACCGCGGGCACCCCCGGCCGGCUGAUACAGAGGUGUCGGUGUCGCUGCUCUCGGUCAUCGUCACCUUCUGCGGCCUGGUCCUGCUGGGGGUCUCGCUCUUCGUCUCCUGGAAGCUCUGCUGGGUCCCCUGGCGCCACAAGGGGGGUCCCGGGGGGGCCCCCCCCGCGCAAAGACCCCCCCCAGGCCGGGGGUGGGGGAGGGGCGCCGCCCUUCGGGGACCCCCUCCCCGACCGGGGGGACCCCGAGCCCCCCCCCGAGCGCUGCUACCUGGACAUGGGGCCCUGCCCCGAAUUUGGGGGGGGGUCGCGGGCCUUGGCCCCGCCCCCUCCGCCCCUCCCCCCCCUGCCCGGCUCGGGACCCCCCCAGGCUCGUCGCUGCCCCCGCUCCCCGAGGAGCCCCCUGCCCACCUGGGCCAGAUCCAGCCCGAGCUCUACGGCCCCGCCGGUGACCCCGAGCCGGGCGGCGCCCGCGGUGGCCCGGCCGGGGGUGGCCCUGGCGGCGCGGCGUCCCCUCCGUGCGGCCGGCUGCAGGUGUCCCUGCGCUACUCGUACGGCUCGCAGCAGCUGCUGGUGCGCGUCCUGCGCGCCCGCGACCUGCCGGCCAAGGACUCCAACGGCUUCUCGGACCCCUACGUGAAGAUCUACCUGCUGCCCGACCGCAAGAAGAAGUUCCAGACCAAGGUGCUGCGGCGGACGCUGAACCCCGAGUGGGACGAGACCUUCAGCUUCGGGGUGCCCUUCGCCGAGCUGCCGGCGCGGCGGCUGCACUUCAGCGUCUACGACUUCGACCGCUUCUCGCGGCACGACCUCAUCGGGCAGGUGGUGCUGGACAACCUGCUGGAGGCGGCCGAGGCGCGGCCCGAGGUGGCCAUCUGGAGGGACAUCCAGGAGGGGACGGGGGAGAAGGCCGACCUGGGCGAGGUGAAUUUCUCGCUCUGUUACCUGCCCACGGCCGGGCGCCUCACGGUCACCGUCAUCCGCGCCUCCAACCUGCGCGCCAUGGACCUCACCGGCUACUCAGACCCCUACGUGAAGGCCUCGCUGAUGGCCGAGGGCCGGCGGCUGAAGAAGCGCAAGACGUCCAUCAAGAAGAACACGCUGAACCCCAACUACAACGAGGCGCUCGUCUUCGACGUCCCCCACGAGAGCGUGCACCACGUCAGCCUCACCAUCGCCGUCGUCGACUACGACUGCAUCGGGCACAACGAGGUGAUCGGGCUGUGCCGCGUGGGCAGCGACGCCGACGGCCCCGGCCGCGAGCACUGGGCGCAGAUGUUGGCCAACCCCCGCAAGCCCAUCGAGCACUGGCACACCCUGGUGGAGGAGAAGGCUCUGACCAAGGCGGCCCCGCGGGACAAAGCGGCCCCGGGAGAGGCCCUGGGCCCGCCCUGAGCGGUGAGCGCCCAACUGGGACAAACUGGGACGGACUG